UCCAUGCUCAGUGUGGCUAUGGCAUCAUUGUAGUUUAGCAACCUUAUAGAUCGAUAUUGACGUUGUACAUAUAAACCUUGUUAUGUUGCUUGACAGAUGAAAGAUGGAAAAACAAUAAAGAGCAAUCGCAUGUGGAACUACGAGGAGUCAAGACGUGCAUUAUACGAUACUACAUUUGGCGACGAGUAAAAAGAAACAAAGAGAACUAGCAGUGGAACAAAAUCAGACGGCAAGAUACAAUGAAUACGAUUGAUCUAUUUCGUUUCCCGGGGCUGACGCCUCAACCGUUUAAUUAUGAGGGUCACCGAGAAAACCUUGGAAAUGAGUGGAAAAAAUGGAUUAAAUCUUUCGAAAUCAUGCUUCGAGCAUCUCGAAUUAAUGAUGAGGAGUGGAAGAAAGACCUCCUAUUGCAUUUUGUGGGACCAAAGGUCCAACAAAUUUAUGAAACUCUGCCAGAACUACCAAGCAUUGAGAAACGGGGACCUCUUUCAAAUAUUGAACAAUAUACUCCCAAUAUGAACAGCUACGAAGAGGCCGUUGCAAAAUUAAAUAAUUUCUUCUUGCCGAGACAAAACCCCACCUAUGAACGACACCUAUUGCGGCAAAUUAAACAACAACCAGGAGAGAAUUUUGACACUUUUAUAGUGAAAUUACGCAUAUAAGCAGAAAGAUGCGGCUUUGGCGACAAGACAGAAGAAAAUAUUAGAGACCAGAUUAUUGAAAACUGUCAGUCAGCUGCAUUGCGUAGAGAGUUGUUGAGACUAGGCGACGCUAAUCUCGAUAAAAUAUUGAGUGUAGCAAAAA